CGUGGGUUGCGGCACGAUAGCGGUGCAGGUGGUUGGUAGUUGGUAGCGUGCGUCAACGUCAACGGAUCCUCCGGGUACUGUCUGCACUCAAGUCAAGCUCUUCCUAAGCACGUCUUACCCUCGCUCGCCUUGGUAUUACUACUUCGUUCCAACCCUGUCCUUCCGCCCUCGCCCGCUGUCGUCUCGUGGUAGAUCGUUGGUACGGCAAGGUGCUGAGGAAGAGCAGACACAAUGGCAUCCAAAUCUGCCAACCCCGGCGGACCCCAAGCGCCAGGCGCAGUAACACCGCAGAAGAAGAUAGAGCUCUUCUCCGCGACCUACUUUGGCGCAUGCACAUUGGGCGGCAUCAUUGCCUGCGGACCCACCCACACCGCCGUGACCCCCCUCGACCUCGUAAAAUGCCGCCGCCAAGUCGAUCCGAAAAUCUACAGCAGCAACCUGCAAGCCUGGUCCACCAUCUACCGCUCCGAAGGCAUCCGCGGCGUCUUCUUCGGCUGGGCGCCCACCUUUGUCGGCUACAGCUUUCAAGGCGCAGGCAAAUACGGCUUCUACGAGGUCUUCAAAUACUACUACGGCGAGAAGCUGUUCCCCAACACGCCCAAGACGAUCGUCUACCUCGGCGCCUCCGCCAGCGCAGAGUUCCUGGCCGAUAUCUUCCUCUGCCCCUUCGAAGCGAUCAAAGUGCGCAUGCAAACCACCCUCCCCCCAUACGCGAGUACUUUGACAGAAGGCUGGAACAAGAUCGUCUCGCAAGAAGGCUACGCGGGGCUAUACAAGGGUCUCUACCCCCUCUGGGCCCGACAGAUCCCCUACACGAUGGUGAAGUUCGCCACCUUCGAGUCCGCCGUGAACCAAAUCUACGCCACCCUCGGCAAGCCGAAGGAGACCUACAACACGCUGCAGCAAACCGGCGUCUCCUUCCUCGGCGGCUACAUCGCCGGAGUCGGGUGUGCCGUGGUCUCCCAUCCCGCGGACGUGAUGGUGAGUAAACUGAAUGCGGACCGGAAGGCGGGCGAGAGCGCCGGGAAAGCGAUAAGCAGGAUUUACGGGAAUAUCGGGUUCGCCGGGUUGUGGAAUGGGUUGGGGGUGAGGAUUGCCAUGAUUGGGACUUUGACGGCGUUCCAAUGGUUGAUCUACGAUUCGUUCAAGGUGUAUCUUGGGCUACCAACUACGGGCGGCCAUUGAGCAGGUGAUGACAAGCAAGUCGGAGAAGGAAACCUUGCGACGGAGCAACUUGGGCGAUCUGCGAGAUGGCGUUUCGGCGAACGGGAGUGUAACAAGCACGAUACAAACGCUCGAGCUCGGGGCUGUACAAUGCGAUUGCGAUAAAGCGCGGUGACGUCCAAACCGAGGCGGAGCGAGUAUAGGACGCCAGUGACAGUAAAACGAGCGUAACGAGAUACUUCAUGGCCUUUUCUACCAAAU